AUGACGAAUGAUAGAAUGUCGAAUAAUAACAAUAAUAACGAGGACAGAUUCCCUCCAGUACAGGGCGGUGGCAGUUUGAUUCUAGCCUGGCAGGUUAAGAACAAACAUGUUCUAGUGAUUGGAGGCGGCGAGGUGGCGGCUGGCCGCAUCCUUAACGUUCUCAAUGCCGAUGCCAAUGUUACCGUCGUCACUUAUAUCGAUCGCGUAUUCCAGCCUUCAGAUCUAGAGACGUUACCUCCAAAUAACAAUCCUCCCGACAUGGUACUUGUUGCUAUUGACGAUCCUGCUGCUUCAACUCAAAUCUGGAAGUUAUGCAAGGAACAUCGCAUUCCGGCUAACAUUGCUGAUGUCCCGCCCGAAUGUGACUUUUAUUUUGGAAGCGUACAUCGGGAUGGACCUUUGCAGAUUAUGGUCAGCACCAACGGAAAGGGACCAAGACUCGCUGCUAGUAUUAGGAAGUGGAUCGGGAGUCAGUUACCAUCAAACAUUGGUGAUGCUAUUGAGAGGAUUGGCGCACUACGCGCUAAGCUACGCCAGAUAGCCCCAAGCCCCGAUGAAGGUCCCAAAAGGAUGGGUUGGAUGACGAGGGUUAGCGAUGCCUAUAGUUGGAAUGAAAUGUGUGGACUCACCGAUGAAGACAUUGAUAAUCUUCUAAAAUUCUAUCCUCCUAACAACGUCCCCCAGUUAGAUAUGCUCCAGGCUAUGCGAGGUGGAAGGGAACCAGAAGAUAUCGAUGUUUUCGAUGGUUCUUUCGGCUUUAGUGUUGUUGCGUGA